AUGGUAAAAGAUCACUUAUUAACUUAUGGAAUCAUCGAGGGUUAUACAUUUUGGUAUCACCAUGGGGAAAGAGUUGGGGAGGAUACCUUUGAAUCACAAUCUAGCGAAGAAGUAGGAGAUGAUGAGUUAUUAGAUGACGAUAACGAAAAUGAGAUGGAUACAAUACUUAGGGAUUUUUUUCCUAAUUGUAGUGGUUUUGCUGAAAAUGACUCCUUUAGUGAAUUACGGGCUGAAGAUCCGAAUGAUGAUGCUAAGAAAUUCUUUAGAUUUUUGAUGAUAUGCAAAAGCCAUUAUUUGAAGAUUGAUGCUUGUGUUAAUGAUUGUAUGUUAUUUUGGAAAGAUGAUGAACAAUUAGAAUAUUGCAAAAUUUGCAAUGCUUCUAGGUGGAAGCAAGGUAAGAAUAGUGGGGAAAUUAGAACGAAAGAAAAUGGUAAAAGAAUACCUGAAAAGGUCCUUCGAUAUUUUCCGCUUAAGCCAAGACUUCAACGUUUGUUCAUGUGCUCUAAGACAGCUCAUCAUAUGAGAUGGCAUCAUGAAAGGUUAGGGCUUAUAAGUGAUGGAUUUAAUCCCUUUUCUAAUGUUGCAAAACCGUAUAGUAUUUGGCCUGUGAUGCUAGUUCCAUACAAUUUGCCUCCUUCGAUGUGUAUGAAACCUUCUAGUAUGCUAUUGUCAAUGCUUAUACCUGGUCCAAAGGGUCCUGGCGAUGCUAUUGAUGUGUAUUUGCAGCCUUUGAUAGAAGAGCUUAAAGAGUUGUGGGAAGUUGGUGUUGAAACUUAUGAUGCUUCAAAAAAAGAAAAUUUUAAAAUGCAUGCGGCUUUGCUGUUAACUAUCAAUGAUUUUCCCGCUUAUGGAAUGUUAUCUGGAUGGAGUACCAAGGGGAAGAGAGCAUGUCCUUGUUGUCAUAAAGAAACUUCUUAUAUGUGGUUACCUAAUUGUUUUAAGCAUGUCUAUAUGCGUCAUCGACGUUUUCUUCCUAUUAAUCACCCAUGGCGAAGGAAGAAAGAUGUUUUUGGAAAGAAAGAAAAAGGAGAGGCACCUAAGCCAUUAUCAGGGGAGGAAGUUCUUGAACAAGUUAGAGAUCUUGAAGGUAUAUGUUUGUCCAAAGAUCCCAGUAAGAAGACGAAAGUGUCACAUAAGAUCAGAGGCGAUAAUUGGAAUAAGAAAAGACAAACUAAAGACACAGCUAAUUCUCGUUUUGAUAUGGAGGGAUUAGGUAUAAUGCCAAAGCUACAUCCUAUUUCAAAGGGUGACAAGAUUGAAUUACCCCCCGCACCAUACACACUAUCUAAGAGUCAAAAAGAGAUAUUGUGUCGUUUUUUAAAAGAGUUGAAAGUUCCCGAUGGCUAUUCUUCUAAUAUUUCUCGAUGUGUAAAUGUAAAAGACUGUAAGAUUUCAGGAUUGAAGAGUCAUGAUUGCCAUGUCCUGCUACAAAGCAUACUUCCUCUUGUGAUUCGCGGCCUUUUGGUGAAAGAUGUAUCCGAGCCUUUAGUUGAGCUAUGUCAGUUUUUCGGUGUGCUCUGUGCUAGGUCUGUGCAAGUUGAACAUCUAGAGAAAAUCAAAUCCCAAAUUCCUUUAACUCUUUCGAAGUUAGAAGCAUGGUUGCCUCCUUCUUGUUUUGAUGUCAUGCUUCAUUUAAGUGUCCACCUAGCUGAUGAGUUAAUUCUUGGCGGUCCUGUCCAUUUUCGUUGGAUGUAUCCUGGGGAACGAUAUCUCCAUAAACUCAAGUUAUAUGUGCGUAAUAAAGCACGUCCGGAGGGCUCAAUAGCGGAGGGUUAUAUUGUUGACGAGUGUAUGACUCUAUGCUCAAGGUACUUAGAUGACGUUGAAACAAAAUUUAAUCGUCAUGAGCGUAACUGUGAUGGUGAUGAUGAUACUGCGAGGAAACUAUCUAUAUUUUCUCACCCUGGAAGGCCCUUAGGGGGCGGAAAAACCAACAAUUUGGACGUGUAUGAAAGAGAGCAGGCUCACAUCUAUGCUUUAAAGAAUUGCAUUGAAGUUGACCCAUUCUAUAAAGAAUAUGCUGAAAUGAUAGCACAUGAAGGAGUUGAACUUUCCCAACAUCAACGAGAUGUGAACUUUGCGAGUUGGUUUAGAAAAAAAGUUUCAUACAUUACACGUGAUAGAAACUUGAGAACACAAAAUAGUGGAGUAGUGGUGUUGGGUGAUACUGGUGAGGAAAAAGAGGCCUUAGACUUUUAUGGGGCAUUGACAGAAGUAAUCAGAGUAGAGUAUUUGGGGGGUAAUUAUGUUGUAUUUUUUCGGUGUGAUUGGUAUGAUGUGCUUGAUUCUAAGAAAGGAAUUAAUGUGGACAAAUUUGGGUAUGUUAGUGUUGAUACACAACGGAACCUCAAAACAGAUGAACCUUUUGUGCUAGCUAGCCAAGUGUCACAAGUGUUCUAUGCAACAGAUAUUGUAAAAAAAGGUAACUGGCGUGUUGCAGUUAAGACAAAACCUCGAGUUACAUAUGAGUUGGCAGUGGAGAAAGACAAUGAUUCUCAAAGCAUGGAAAUCUUAGAUGAUGCCGAGGAUGCAUAUCAAGAACGUGAAUCUUUUGGCUUUGUUGCAUCUGUAUCGGCAUACACGCAUAACGAGAUGAAUGAUGAACACAGGGUUGACAUGGAACCUGAUAUUGUUGAGAACGUUGAUGCUGUGGUAGUAAAGAAACGAAAGAGAAAAACUUAG